UACUCAAUACUCAUUCAUUGUUCACUAUUCAUUUCACUUUAUUUUUAUUUCGCAACACCUUUAAAAGAAUAAUUCUUACUAUAAAUUGUUAACAUAUUUGUGUUUAUCAUUUAUAAAGCAAUGGACAAUCAAUAUUAUUAUAAGUUAAUGGCCAGUUAUCUAUCAAAACGUAACUGCGAUGAAUCGUUCAUGAGAUAUUUUUUCGGUAAGAAUGCAACAAAGAAGACGCCUGAAGAGAUGGAACGAGCAGAUGAAAGAAAGCGACGUCUUCAAAGAGAACGAUCACGUAGAUACCGGGCCUUGAAAAACGCUCGACGUCAAAACGAAAACAGUCGGGACAGCGCUGAGAACGAAUCGAUUCGCAGCAAGUCCCGCGGCGUCAGCGUGGAUGAGGAACUAAGUGACACGGACGAGCCCCCGACACUGUGCGACCUAAACUACGAAGACAAGUGGCGGGAGCCCGCGUCUUCUGAUUGCGCCUCCGACGACAACUCGGCGCAUUCGCCCGCCGAUCACAACGACACGACCCGCCCGCUUGCAGCCGGUAAUAUGACGCUCGACUUGAAGGAGUUCCUCAGCUCCCCCAACACCGAGCUCGACUACCCCACUGUCCACAGCCUCAUGUUCCACUGGCUGCAGACGUAGCCCACUUGGGAGCUAAUGGCGGCAUUCUGAUCACCACACUCCAGUGAUCAGAUCAAAACUGUACUGAUUUUUGAUAAAUUCAUUCCAUAUGUUAGCCUUAUUGGGAAUUUAGGAAAAACCAUCUGAAUAUUUUCUUUACAAUGUAUGACAUAUCAUAAUGAUAGGGAUGCUUGGUUUCAAUAGAGUGCACCCUUUGGAAACCGUCCUGCCAUAGUUUAGGUAUGAGAUGAUCAUACUAAUUAAUCAAGUUGAUUUCAAUACAAGGUUUAUAUAGCAUUAUAAAAUAUAUUAUGUCACUCUACUGUUCUCAUCAAUAAUUAUUAUUAUUGAAAUAAAUUAUAUUGUUGUUGUCUGACAACACGGGUAUGUUUAUAAUGGGUUUGUUGUUCUUGCAAUAAAAUUGCUGUUUUGUAACAUGUACUAGUUAGAAUAUUGUACAUGAACACGAGAUAGAUAUGUGCUUGUGAGCCAGUCAGCUGGGGUCUCCUUGAAGAGCUGCACAAGUAGAUGAUUUCACUAGACAAUAAGAUGUUGUUAAGUUGCCAUAUCCUAAUAUUUAGAUACUCAUCUACUAUACAUUAUUAUAUAUGCUAUAUAGAAAUUAUAAAGUAUGUAUACCUAUAGUUUGUGAUACAAUGAAUUUACAUUUUGCAUAGAUUAAUACUAACAUUAGUUAUAAUGUAGAAUAAGAUAACGGGCUUGUGUGUUGAGUGCCUGUGUCGGGAGCACAAACAAGUGAACAUUCCAUAACCAAACUCAUAAUUGAAAUAUUUGUGACUACUUUUACUUUAUGAUAGUUAUGUCCAUGAGAUUUACGCAUUCCAUGAUAAUUAAUGUGCUGAUAAUACAGUAUUAAAUUGUUUAAAAGUAUCAAAAUACUCAUAUUAGGCUCUCUGAUUUAUUUUUGUGUCAUUAUUAUCGUAGGCUAUUUAAGUUUUACUCAAUUUUAGUGUCUUAUGAUUUUAUUAUACAACUAAGUUAUGAUUGCUGCUUAUAUUUAGUUAUGUUGUGUGCUUACUUAAAGUUAUUAGUUAUGGAAUAAGGAUGAAUGGCAAAACUGCACCUACAAAUUAUAUAAUUUGAUAUUACCUAAUUUAAGAGUACUGCAAUCCAGUGAGGAUCCCUUCUUACAAAGUUCAUAAAGAGAUUAGAAGAGGUACAGGCCAAAUUUUUAUAUCAUCUCCCAUAUUCAAGUAAUCUUUGUUGUUGACUUUAAGUAAUAUCUUUAUCAUCUCAUUGCCCCAAUAUCAAAUAGGUACAGACUUCGAAGCAUAACAGUAUCAUCACUCAUCACUAUCUUUCCUGCAGUUUUCCCACUAAUUAUUCUGGGCCGAGUUAUCAAUUAUGAACCUGUAUGAAAGAACAAUCACAUUUCCUAAUUAAACUUGAUCUUUGUCAUUUUGUUAUUCUUUGAUUGUGAUAAUUUGAUUUAUAACUGGUAUUACUAGGCUCUUUCUGUUAUUUUGACCAUGACUUAUUUUUUUUAAAUCAAUAGUAUAUUUGAAUUUAUUUAUAUUCAAAUAACAUAUUUGAGAAAUCUGUUAUAAGAUGUUGAUAUAAUUUAGUGAAUUUUAAACUCAGAAGACAAGAUCCUUCAGUUGUGUUCAUGCCAUCUCCAUAUACUAGAUAAUAUUAUAAUAACUUACAAUCCUUGUUAAGAUUUUGCUCGCUUGGAUAAGGUGAGUGCGGAUUAUGGUAUGUUGAGAAACAUAUCAUAGACACGCAUACUUGUAGAAUUAUUUUGUGACAUCACUCAUUAUGUGAAUUCUAUCGAAAAACUCUGCCAUAUUGACUCGAUUUAUCCAGGAUACUGCUGCAGCCUAUUAAAAAUACUGUUGAGAGUGUUGUGUUAUUAUGUUCAAAUGAAAAAUUAUUAUAGCCUUAAUUGUACUUUAGUUUAGAUAGGUACUAUAAGGUAGUGCCAUAUUAAAGAGCUUCCUAUGUAUUUUU